AUGGGUCAGAGCCAAGCUUUCGCAUUCGCUUAUCUCGUUCCUCUUGCACUAUCACCUACAGUAUUAGCUGCUGAAUUCUGUACAGCAAACCAAACUUGCUGGCCUUCAGUCGAUGUGUGGUCGACAUUCAACACCUCCAUAGGCGGUCAACUCGUCGCACCGCAUCCCCCCGGGUGGGCAUGCCAUGAUCCCAACUACGAUGAAAUUGCCUGCAAUGACUUCAAGGCAAAUUGGAACAGUUCCUUCUGGCGCGCUAACCAAACCGGUGCAAUGGAGAACCCCAUCUGGGAUAGCCUCCAGUGCAGUUUCGAAUCGCCUCGCAAUGUGACUUGCGAUCAAGGGCUUGUUCCGCAAUACUCGGUUGACGCGCAGAACGAGAUCCACGUGAGCGAAGCUAUCAAGUUCGCAGACAAGUACAACCUGAGCCUUGUGGUCAAGAACACUGGUCACGAUUUCCUUGGACGCUCAAGCGGCAAGGGUUCGUUCAGUAUCUGGACGCACAACCUCCGGGGAAUUAAUUUCACCGAUUCAUUUGUGGCCCCUGGGUGUCUGGAGAAUGAAGUCGCUCUGCCCGCCGUUACGGUGAAGGCGGCCGAACAGUGGCUGGACGUAUACAGGGCGGCAGACGCACAUAACGUUUCGGUGGUCGGAGGUGCAGCGCGUAGCGUAGGAGCUGCUGGAGGCUGGGUUCAAGGGGGAGGUCAUAGUCCACUUGGCGGACUGUUUGGCAUGGGUGUAGAUAAUGUUCUGCAGUUUACUGUGGUUAAACCAGAUGGUCAAAUUGUAGUGGCGAACAAAUGCCAGAAUCAAGAUCUAUUCUGGGCACUUCGCGGGGGUGGAGGUGGCACAUGGGGAGUCACACUGGAUGUCACAUACAAGACUCACCCUCCCGUCAACGCGAAUGUGGUAGGAAUGAUUUUGAACACGACCAACGCAGGGAAGCUGUCCGAAUUAUCCAAGGUUUUCUUGCAAGCCCUUCCUAAUAUCACUGACCAAGGACUUCGAGGGUAUGGCUACUGGGGUCCACCAACCUCUCUCAUGGUCAUUUGGAUUCAUCCUAACAGUUCGUCGCUGGAGUCUACAAACAGCACACUUCAGCCUAUAUAUAACUGGAUAAACGCCAAUAAUGGUACCCAAACCCAAAUCAUUACUUCCAGCCACCCGACCUUUUACGACAUGUUCAACACCUAUAUUGAAGACGGGAGUAUUGGUGCUCCUAUCUGGUUUGGAACCCGCCUCGUUUCUCGAGAAGCCUUUGCGACAAACUCUACAGAACUUGUCAAGUAUAUUUGGGGAGACGGAAAGUAUUUGGGCGCUAGUUUCAAUAUUAUCGGAGGCGGUGUAAUCAGUAAAACGGACCCAGAGUCGACCGGUCUGAACCCUCAAUGGCGCAAAGACGCCAUCGUGAGCUGGACGUUUGGCGGAAGCUGGCCCGCAAACGCAAGUACCGAACAAAUCGAACAAAUCAAAGCGGACACGACACGCAUCGUUCAGCGGUUUGGAAAAGUCGCUGGACUUGACGAUGCUGCGUAUUUCAACGAGGCAGACCCACUCGAGCCUCAAUGGAAAAAAUCGUUCUUUGGGUCACAUUACGAUCGUUUAUUGAAGAUUAAGCGGGAGGUGGAUCCCAAAGGUCUUUUCACAUGCAAUCGAUGUGUUGGUUCCGAUUUGUGA